GUUAUACAGUAUGACGACAAAAAACUUUCGCGUUGCAAGCAUUUGACACAACCCUUGACGCUAGAAACCCUACUGGACCGUGAAAUGACUGGGGUCGAAUGCUGCUCGUUGUGCGCCAGUCCCGGUGCAAUGGAGUGUGUGGCUUGCAUCAAGGACGGAGCUGAGACUGGGACUGUUCUGUGCGGCUCGGACUGUUUCAAGCGUCACUUCGCGCGGCACCGAGAAGGUCGCGGGUCACAACCGGGGCUAGCACCGCCCGCUAGCCCCUCACCGGUGCUUGCCGGCGCCAGCCAGCACGACACGGCGACGCCGGUCAAGUUUGGCGCUUCUGCGACGCCUCGCAGGCAACCUCCCUCCCACAUGGUGUCGCCGCACCCGCUGCGGACGCCCAACAGCUUCGCAACGCCAACAUCCUUCGCGGGGCGGGACCAGCCCUGCGCUACAGUAACACCCACUCGCCCACGCUAUGGCGCCAUUCCGCUCAAGAUUCGGUAGCUUGGCCGGUUUAGGCUGGGGCUUGGGCGCGAGGAGCGCGCUUUCGCGGUGUCCAGGGGCCCGGAGGACACACAUUGCGUGGCUCGGGGGCUGUUUUCUCUCGCAAACAUUUCGUAUCGCUGACAGACUGCUGGUAUUGACGCUGGACUAUUGACGCAACGCGUGGGGCUGCUGCUGCACCAGCGCUGGAGCUAUUUUUCAUUUUGGCUCCGGUUGGUGCCGGGCUGGUGCUGAGUUUCUGCAUUGUUGGACGGCGUUUGGUUAGGACCUUUCACGGUAUCGUUACAAGGCACUCGUUGACCUGCGCAUGUUUAGGGUACAUUAUAAUUAUACAGUCGAGCCAGUCGCUCGUGGUAUCAUAGCCCCACAGCGUGGGAAUAGUAUUGCUACGAUAUCGCUUGCAGACAUGAGCAUGCGGCUAGGGCCCAGGCGCUAUUUCGCCAGGACCCGUUGUAAACUCUCAGCCGCGAGCUAGUAGUCCCGUUCCGGCUCUUCGUCCAGCUUCAAUCGCUUGCGGACCUCUGGAUCAUUUGCAAGACGGCUGUGGUCCCACUGCGCAGCACACACGGGAAGAAAUUGUUAGAUUUUUGGCGCAACGCAGUCGCUGUGCUUGAUGGGAGCAAAACAUUGACACUCACAUAUAGCACACCAGCCCACACGAGCAGAACGGCGCUGGCGACGAGGUUCCUUUUCUGCCAAGUCUCUGCCUUUCGCCACACCUCGAACGGACCAGGCAUAGUUAUGUGGUGGAUGCGUAUGCGGUCUCUUACACGGGGAUGCG